CAAAUUCAUCACUCUGGCUUUGUCUCUUCUCCUAUUGUGAUUUCUACCAAUGCCCGAAACCGAUCAGAAACCCGACUCAGAAUCCCAGAGACCCGACAUUGCCGUUGAUCCCAACGGUGGAGAUGACGAUACCGAUGAAGACGACAUCUUUGAAGAUGAUGAUGAAGAAGAAGAAGAAGAAGAAAACGACGACGUCUUGUUCGAACCCACCACGCCACGCUCGGUGAAGCUGAAAAUGGACACACUGGUCCGGCGCAUGUUAAACGGCCCCGUUCCGAUCCACGUCCACGAUGUGAUCAUCAAAGGGAACACGAAUACCAAAGGCUACAUAAUCGGAGCCGAGGCAUCGGAGGCUUUGAAGAAAUCCACCACGAUGCAGGACCUGUUGCGAGCUUCUAACGCCGUGAAUUCGCGGCUGAAAUCGCUCGGUCUCUUCGAUUCGGUCACGAUAACGCUCGAUUCAGGCCCGCCGGAGAUUCCCGGGAGCGCCAAUGUAAUUGUUGAGGUCGAGGAAGCUAGGAAUCGGCUAUCGGGAGAGAUUGGAGCUUAUACUAAAGCUGAGACUAAAUCUUCCUCGGUGGAAGGAUCAAUCAAGUACAAUAAUUUGUUAGGGUUUGGGGAUCUAUGGGAUGGUUCAAUUGCAUACGGUUUGGACCAUGCGGCAGAUAUAAGUGCUGGUGUAUAUUUGCCCAGAUUGAGAACAUUGGUAGCUCCUGUGACUGUUCGUGCAUACAUGUUGACCCAAGAUUUGCUGACCUUUUCUUCUUACAAAGAGCGAUCCGUCGUACUUUCUCUUGGCUUGUAUUCGAAUAGGUAUCAGAACUUGGAAUACCAGCUUGCUUGGCGCAACUUAGCAGAUCCAUCUCAAACGUCAUCCUCAUCCUUAAGGAUGCAGCUUGGGCAUGAUUAUCUUUCAUCUCUGAAGUAUACACUAAAAAUUGACAAGAGAAAUUCUCCUGUGAGGCCAACUAAAGGAUUUGCAUUUGUUGCUAAAACUCAUAUCAGUGGCCUUGCACCUGAUAGUCAAAGUUUAAGAUUCCUUCGCCAGGAGUUCGAUCUUCGUUUUGCUAUUCCUCUUGGAUUUUAUCGUGCAGCACUUAAUCUUGGGAUUUCUAGUGGUUUUCUUUUUCCAUGGGGGAGUGGAUUCUUGAACAGGACUACAUCCCUACCAGAAAAAUUCUUCUUGGGUGGCAAUCUAUCUCCGGUUUGUGCUUUAGGAGGGCCAAAAGCAUUAUGGGGAUUUAAGACAAGGGCAUCUGGCCCAGAUGAGCCUACAGGACAAAUCAACGUUGAAAAUGCUACUGGAGGAAACUUUACCGUCACUGCUCUAGCAGACUUUUCUUUUGAUCUUCCAUCUAGGUGGCUCCGAGAAAGGGGAAUCCAUGCACACGUCUUUGCAUUUGCUGGAAAUGUUGCUAACUUAACGGAUAAAGAAUUCCGAAGUUUCUCCAUGCAGAAGUUCGUAGAGUCAUUCAGAAGUUCAGCUGGAGUCGGCAUUGUCAUCCCUACUAGUCUAUUUCGCAUGGAGCUUAAUUACUGCUACAUACUAAAGAAAUUUACUGGCGACCAUGCAAAGGCUGGCUAUUGGAUAUCCUUCUCUCGUCCAUCGUAGAACGUUGAAUUCUUCGAGGUACGUUGGUAUCUGGACACAAUGAUAUGGCACGGUAUCCACACGGAAGCCUGCCACUUCAAGCAGUUAAGUUUCCCCCCCCCCCAAGACCAUGGCAAUUCUGCUUCUUUUUAUGGAAAAUCUUAGUUUCAUGAGCUCAUCAAAUUGCCCUUCUUCACUUCAAUAAUAGAAGGGAUUGUAAUUGCAUUUCAAUGAUUCAACUGAUUGGUUUGCUUGAGAGCCUGACCGUUUACUGAUCUCAUCAUUUUGUUUUUCGAGGAUUA